AGAAGGUCACGUUUAAUGUAAUCUCGAAACUUUACUACACGUGUGUAAAGAUGUAUGCGUCAUAUACUCGUAAACGUGUCAAAGCUAGAAGCUUUUCUUCUUCUUACAAGCAUUUGUAGUUAUCACUAAAGACGAGAUCUUGUCGUAGCGGAGAAUUUUUAAGAGAAUGAUGUGGAUAAGCGUGCAGACAGCGAUGGAUCUAGUCGUCGCCGGAAUCUCUUUGAUGAUCGGAUUAGGAUUCUUCGCUCUCAUCGCCUCCGUCCUUUGUUCCGUGGCCUUCUUCCACCAUGUCAAAGCUACUUCUUGACAAUCAAAAAAGAGAAUCUUUUUUCAAACAAAGAUUGAAUCUUUGAGGGAGACGAAGAGCUUCUCAUUGAUUUAGUUGUACAACAAGAGACAAUUGUAAUCUAUUUAAGGCUAAAAAGUUUGUUUAUUUCUUGAUUUUUUCUGUUUACGUAUGAACACCAUUCCUCGGAUCCCAUCCGGGUCGGAGACGAGAAUCCGGGGAUCCGGGGCUCCGAGAAGCAUUUUUUAGACAACCGGUUGUUAUCAAAAUGUCGACUUUUUUUGUUUUGCUGGAUUUCAUGAAACCAGACAAACAAGAGUUGAAGUGAUGAUUUGUCUUUUUGGGGAUAAAGAGUGUGUGGCCUGUGUAUCACGUAGCUUUUACUCUUUUUGUUCUGUUUUGAGUAAAUAAAAAAU